AUGCAGGCGCGUGUGUCGGUGCGGCAGGAGGCGGAGCGUGCGCAGAGCGAAUGCAGCGCGUACACUGAGAGGCUCGAGGCCCUGCAGCAGCAGCAGCGUGGUCACAUGGAGGGGUACAACCUCUUCCGGAAGGAUAUGCAUGCAGUGAGCCGGGAGCUCAUCUCGUCACUGGCGUCGCAGAGCUCGGCGCAGCUCCUGCGGAAGCGAUCACGAUCCGUUGACACGACGGCGGAGGGAGAGGCACUGCGUUUCGAGGCGCUACUCACGGAGUCGCUCGGCCUGGAGCUGCAACUGCUCUCGUGUGAAAGCGGCGGUGCGGGGGGUGCGGUGGGGGCGUCCGUGGCACUCGCUGCUUUGCAGAGCACACAAGAGGUGCUGCGCGCCACCAGACAGCGCACGGAGGAGAUCAACGCGAUNCUGCUUUGCAGAGCACACAAGAGGUGCUGCGCGCCACCAGACAGCGCACGGAGGAGAUCAACGCGAUGCGGUGCGUGGAGCAGCAGCGGUGCGCAAGGUUUCUGCUCGACAGGGCGCGACUUGUGUCCAAACGGCUCGAGAAAAUUAAGGCGUUGGAUGGGCUGCUUGGUGCUGGAAAGACACGGCGCAACGGGUCGCUGCUAG